AAACAGAAAAGUAGAAGGGAAAGAACGCAACGGAUCAUAGAAAGAUGUUUCGACGUUUACGAUUUGUCGAUUAUAUUGUUUAGAAAAAUAAUUAGAAAGAGAAAAAAAUACCGACCGAUCGACAGAUAGACAAACAGACAGACAAAGUGAAAAGGAGAGGGAAGAAAGAGGAAAAAAAAAGUGUAUUCAGUGAAAACGUUUGUUUUAUUUAAGAUAGGAGACGUUUGUAUUCGAUCUUUUCGAAAAUGUCGAAAUAUUUCAUUCUGACGAAGACGUGCUUAACGGGCAUUUAGUGAUAUAUCAAGGCGCGAUCAUUUCUAUUGGCACAGUACGCUUUUAGCUUCAGAUUAAGAAGGAACUACUUACUUACGGCGCAUUGCAAAACGAUCGAACGAGAUCUAUAUAUAUAUUUUUUUUUUACUUUGUAUUAUAUAUUCGCAUAUUAUUAACUUUAUAUAUGUCUAUAUAUUCAUAUACGUGUAUGUGUAUUCCUCUCUCUCUCUCUCUCUCUCUCUUUUUCUCUCUUUCUCUCUUUCUUUCUCCGUGUUAUAUAAUAUAGUUUAAGACAUUUAAUUGAAGUGUUCGAAAAAAGAAGGAAAUACAAUCGACGAUAAGAAAGUGUAAUUUCCGUUGUUGACAUUGAUCAGGCAAAGUUGUUGAUUCGUUGUUUCGUUAUUAUCAUCUUGUCAAUAUGAAACAAAACGGAAUACCAUUGAACGAAAUAGACUUGGAAAAUUCCACGAUACCUAAUACUGAGGAAAUAACAAUUUCCAAGAACAGAGGAGCUGAUAUUACUUAUGGCAUCGACGAUGUACCACCGUGGUAUUUGUGCUUUUUUAUGGCACUUCAGCAUUACUUGACCAUGAUUGGUGCCAUCGUUUCGAUUCCCUUCAUCCUAACGCCAGCACUUUGCAUGGCAGAAGAUGACCCUGCCAGAAGUUACAUAAUCUCAACGAUGAUCUUUGUAACUGGUCUUGUCACUCUUUUACAAACUACAAUAGGAUGCAGAUUACCUUUGGUACAAGGUGGUACUAUAUCAUUUUUAGUACCCACCCUUGCUAUAUUGAGUCUACCACAAUGGAAAUGUCCAGCGCCAGAAAUUUUGGAAACAAUGUCUCACGAAAAUCGUACAGAGUUAUGGCAAAUUCGUAUGAGAGAAUUAUCUGGUGCAAUCGCGAUAUCCGCAUUGUUUCAAGUUAUCGUUGGAUUUGGAGGAAUCAUCGGAUACAUGUUAAAAUUUAUAACUCCUUUAACGAUCGUACCGACCGUUUCAUUGGUCGGAUUAUCUCUCUUCGAGAAUGCUGCGGAAGCUGCAUCGAAACAUUGGGGUAUCGCUGCUGGAACGAUACUAAUGCUCACGAUGUACUCGCAAGUAUUGAUCAAUGUACCUGUACCGAUAGUAAUGUAUCGCAAGGGCCAUGGAUUACAAGUCAUUUGGUUCGAAUUAUUUAAAUUAUUUCCUGUACUACUGACGAUCGUAGUAAUGUGGAUUAUCUGUACGAUUUUAACGGUCACCGAUACUCUGCCUGUUGGUCAUCCUGCUAGAUCCGAUAGUAAAAUUAAAAUUAUCAGUGAUUCUCCAUGGUUUAGAAUCCCAUAUCCUGGUCAGUGGGGAAUACCUACGGUUAGCCUAUCAGGUGUCCUUGGAAUGUUAGCAGGUGUUUUAGCAUGUACAGUUGAAUCUAUCAGUUAUUAUCCUACUACUUCUAGAAUGUGUGGUGCUCCACCUCCACCAGUUCAUGCUAUUAAUCGAGGAAUAGGAAUAGAAGGCUUUGGAACGAUGUUGGCUGGCCUUUGGGGCAGUGGCAAUGGUACAAAUACGUUCGGUGAAAAUGUUGGCACCAUAGGUGUAACGAAAGUAGGAAGCCGUAGAGUCAUACAAUGGGCUUGUGGACUGAUGAUUUUACAAGGUCUAAUUAGCAAAUUUGGUGCGGUAUUUAUUAUCAUACCAGAACCAAUCGUUGGUGGAAUAUUUUGUGUCAUGUUUGGAAUGAUAUGCGCAUUCGGUCUCUCGGCUUUGCAAUAUGUAAAUUUGAACUCUUCGAGGAAUUUAUAUAUUCUAGGAUUUUCUAUCUUUUUUCCUAUGGUACUAUCCAAAUGGAUGAUAAAACACGCAAAUGUAAUAAAUACGGGCAAUGAUAUCGUUGAUGGUGUUAUCACAGUAUUAUUAAGUACAACUAUUUUAGUUGGUGGUGUGAUUGGUUGUUUAUUAGAUAAUAUAAUACCAGGUACUGACGAGGAACGAGGUUUACUAGCUUGGUCGAAAGAGAUGGAAUUAAAUGUCGAAACGUCGGAUGAAAAACAAGGCGAGGAAUACGUACCGAAUACAUUUGAUUUUCCCAUUGGAAUGCAAUUAUUAAGAAGAUGGAAAUGGACGUCUUACUUACCAUUUUCACCAACCUAUAAGCCAAGAUCUGGUAUGUGUAGGUGUAGUACAAAAAAAUAAAUAUAUGCAUUUAGGUAUAUAUUAUAAAAAAGAUUUGUAAGAAUAUGUUUGUUAUCGUAUUAUAGAUUAGAAUAAAGAUUAGAAAUAUUAUUUUUAUUAAUUGUGUAUAUUGCAUAAGAAAUGUGCAUUCGUAAGAUUUAAUAAUAAAUUAAUCCACACCGAAAA